UCGCAGAUGUUAUGAGAAACCCCUGCCUUGAGCAAACGGUGGAUGAUGUUGAGAAUGAGAACGAACGAAGUAGACGGCGCAUUACAUACUGAAAGACCAUUGAAGGCCGUUGGUUUACAGUACAUCAGUAUUUAGUUCAAAUGUUAUUAGUGAACGUGUAAAAUAUGGACAAAAGUGAGGAGCAGAUGCGAAAACCGAUCCGGCUCAUCGCGGCUGCAUGCAGAAAUAUGGGCAUAGGAAAGAACAGGCAGCUUCCAUGGAGUCUUCCGAAAGAAUUUCAGUUCUUUCUGAAUACAGUUACAGCUGUGUCAACACCUGAUAAGAAGAACCUGGUUAUCUGGGGACGUGGCUCUUGGUCCUCCUGUCCUGCGGGCGUCCUUCCUUUUGCCAAUUGCCUCAAUGCGGUAUUGAGCAGAACACUAUCUGCAGUGCCAAAACAUGCCCACUAUCUGUGUAAAGAUUUUGGGUCAGUAAUUCGCCUCGUCUCUGAACCUCCUCUGUGUCACAUUGUGGAGACCAUCUGGGUUUUAGGAGGUCCAGCAGUGUAUAAGGAAAGUCUUGAGCAUCCAUGGUGUGAUCUCAUUUAUCUAACUGACAUCAUGGCCGACUUUGACUGUGAUGUCUUUUUCCCAAAGUUUGACCGCAACGUUUUUAGGAAACAAAAUGGUUUUCCUGGAGUACCAGAUGAAAUUCAUGAAGAAAAGGGCAUCAAAUUUCAAUUUCAAGUCUUCAAGAAGGAAGCCUAAUAAGACUGAAGCAGUAACAAAAUGCUUUACAAUCUAUCAAACAUGACUGAUGAAAUAGAUGUUUACAUAAUCUAGGUUUUUAUCGGUUUUAAUGCAGUAGACAUAAGUUCUCCUUAACCUAGCAAUAUUGCACAGAGAACACUUAAGCACAAGGGCUCUACUUAUUAUUAUGGCACUUCACUGCCAUCCGAAUUGUUACAAUUUCAAAUAAGCUGUUUCACAUACAACAUAUGAAUGAAGAGACCCAUUUGGGUGAAUCAUCAUUGCUCAAUUAUUACAUAAUAAAUCACAUCAUACAAACAGCAGAUGGACAAGCAGAAUGUUCCACUGCUGAUGAACACCACUUCACUCAUAAUGACACAUGCGAGUUUUACUGACCACUCACCAGAUUCACUGUUACUCAUAUCACCAUGGUGACCACUCAAACCAGAUCAGGGGGAUGAUACACAGUCGGGUUCACAUAUGAAUUGUCUAUACAUACCGUCUGCUCAGCAACUUACUGGAGUCAGUAUUAUUAUUUAUACCAAACAUUCUACAAUUCAACGACACAUUUGUAGGUCUGAGUGAUGUGUAUGUAUUUCCUUUCAUUUCUUCAUUCUGUACAUGCUAGACACUACUAUGUUUUUUUGUGAAAUGUGGUGCUAUAUUAAAGUUCCAUUUGAAUUCU